UUGAUUAGUCGUUAUCCGAAUGUCCAUCACUAGUAAGUUUACAAUAAUGGGAUCUGCAAAGAGGGGUGCUGAUUUUGUUAAAACUAUCUCGAACAUAAUAUCGAAGUCAACCGGGUUUGAGAAAACAUUGGAAAAGGUUAAAAUAGUCGACGGUGGUGAUGGUAAAUGUACAGCUGAAUUUAAAGUUGCCCCUGAGCAUUUAAACCGUGGAGGAUCUUUACAUGGUGGUUUUACAGCAACCAUUGUUGAUAUGGUGACGACGUACGCAUUAAUGUCUAAGCCUUGCCAUCCAGGUGUUUCAGUUGACUUGCAUGUCACUUACUUAAAAGCAGCUAAAGAAGGUGAUGAGGUCAUUGUGUCUGCAAAGACGCUUCGGGCAGGAAGAAAGCUAGCUUUUAUUGAAUGCGUUCUGAUGCAAAAAAAUGACGGAGCUAUUAUUGCGAAAGGAGGUCAAACAAAAUUUGUGGAUUUUACAGAUUAAAGUUAAUUUAAUUCGUUUCACCAUGAUUAUAAUUAAGAUUACCGUUGUUCUUAUAAAUUAAACUUAUGGAACAUUUUAUUUUUUA